UUAAUCUCUACGCUUCUCUCUCUGGAAUUACUCAUUGAAAGCAUCUCUCUCUAGAAUAUCAAGUAUUGCUGACUUGAGCGUCGGAGUGUUUUCCCGGAGGAAACAUCCUCGGGAUUUUCAGGUGUAGAAGCAAUUAAGGACUUCAACAGUGUUGGACUAUGAAGCUACCUAAACAUUUGGCAUCGUCUGUGGGAACUUGAACAAGAAGUUGUGUAGUUUAACCGGCAGAAAGACAAAAUGGUUCGUACCUUUACUGAAAGUUGCCCUCCAAGAAACGAAAUGGACGAACAGAAGGACACUCAACUGUCUGAGCCCGGUCUGAAUGAUUUUAGGCCAAUGUCAAGAAACCUAUUCGUUGGAGGAGCAGAACAGGAUCAGCUAAAUGAAACAAAUGAUGAUGAGAGAACACCAAUUGGGGAUGCACAGCCAGCUGCUGUUGUUGCAACUCGAAUCUCCCCCGCUCUGAGCAAUAUAAUAGUACCGACCAAACCAAGGGGAAGUGGGAAGUUAAAUAACGAGCCUAGCUCGUCCAAGCACAGUGAGGAUCUGAUGAGGAAGAAUGCAGACCUUGAAAGGCAGCUACGAGAUGCCAUCAUGAAAAUCCAAAAUGCCAACGAUGCCAUGAUGUGCAAAGUGUUCCCAACGACACUGAAGUCAACGGCUAGAAGAUGCUAUCAUAAACUCCCCAAACACUCUAUAGACUCUUACUCCCAGCUCACCAAGCUAUUCUCCAAUAAAUUUGCGAGCCAAAGGGAGAUUAAACGCACAGCGACCGAGUUGAUGCAAGUUCAUCAGAAAGAAAGGGAAUCUUUGAGGGACUACAUGCAACGAUUCAACAAGGCAACUUUAGAUAUUGAUAACAUCCCUGAUACCAUCUGCUUGUCUGCCUUGCUGCAUGGCUUGAAGCGUGGUCGGUUCCUGGAUGACUUGCUAGAAAACCCACCAAAGACGUGGAACGAAGUGAAUGACAGGUCAGCUAGCUUGAUACUGUCAGAAGACUUCCAGUCGUCAAAGCGACGAGCUGAUGAUAAGCAGGGCAAAAGCCAUGAACCACCACCGAGGAGAGAAGAAAAGAAAAAGCAGAAAGUCAAUGAGCAAUGGGGGAAGCCAGCUGACUUUCCAAAGUAUGCCAACUACAUUCUGUUAACCUUGCCAAGGUCUCAAAUCCUAGCACAAAUUCAACACUGGGUUAGAAGACCCCCACCCCCACUACAUGAUUCCCUAAGGGCAGACAAGAGCAAGCAUUGUGACUACCAUCGUACUUAUGGUCACAAUACAGAAGACUGCCAACAUUUGAAGGACGAGCUAGAGUUCUUAGCUCGCAAUGGAAAAUUAAAAGGAUAUGUGCAGAAGCCUUAUACCCAGCAACCAUCUCAAACUCACUUUGUGCAAGGAUAUGACCGACCUCAGGGACAGAGGUAUCAACUUGGCAGCACACAGGAUAUGUAUAAGGACAAUCAAUAUCCUUCUGAGCAGGGCAGAGCGUACAGGGGACGUCAAUUCAAUAGGCGAGGCCAAGGACAGAAAACUGCCACCUAGAACCAAAAAGAUAGGUGUAAUACCCCAAAAUUUUGUGCUAUUU